AUGGCACAAGCAGGUGCAAUGACGGACGUUACCCAAAGACUGUUCGUGGAGCUUAAGUCAAAGAAUGAGGAGGCCAGAGCCAGAGCUGCCUAUGAGCUCUACGACAAUGUUCUCUCUGUCUCCAGAGAUUGGCCCUCCGAGAAGUUUGUCGAAUUUUACAACGCGGUUAGCCAACGCAUCGCCCAACUCGUGGUAACCGGCGGUGACGCAAACGAGAGAAUCGGUGGCCUGCUGGCACUCGAUCGACUCAUUGACUUUGACGGUGUCGAUGCAGCCCAGAAAACAACGAGAUUUGCCAGCUACUUGCGCAGCGCUCUUCGCAGCAACGACAAUGUGGUUUUGGUUUGCGCGGCCCGAUCGCUGGGCCGCCUCGCAAAACCCGGCGGAGCUCUUACCGCAGAGCUGGUGGAAAGUGAAAUACAAUCUGCACUAGAAUGGCUGCAGUCGGAGCGCCAGGAAAGUCGGCGUUUUGCGGCGGUGCUUGUGAUUCGGGAACUUGCUAAGGGCUCGCCGACGCUUCUUUACGGGUUCGUCCCCCAGAUCUUUGAGCUCGUCUGGGUUGCCCUCCGAGACCCCAAAGUUCUCAUUCGGGAGACCGCCGCUGAAGCCGUGGGUGAAUGCUUUGAGAUCAUCGUGGCCCGUGAUACCCAAGUUCGACAGUCAUGGUUUGCACGGAUUCAUGAUGAGGCCCUUCUCGGCUUGAAGUCCCACAAUGUGGAUUGGAUUCAUGGCUCCCUUCUGAUUCUCAAAGAGCUGAUCCUCAAGGGCACAAUGUUCAUGAAAGAGCACUACCGCAAUGCUUGCGAAAUCAUUCUCCGCCUGAAGGACCACCGCGACCCCAAGAUCCGCACCCAAGUCGUCCUCACUAUUCCCAUUCUCGCAUCAUACGCUCCUACCGAUUUCAUCGAGAUCUACCUCCACCGGUUCAUGGUCUAUCUCCAAGCACAGCUGAAGAGAGACAAAGAGCGGAAUUCCGCCUUUAUUGCCAUCGGAAAGAUUGCCAAUGCAGUGGGCCCUGCCAUCGGUCAAUACCUCGAUGGCAUCAUCAUCUACAUUCGCGAAGGCCUUGCAAUGAAGGCUAGGAAUCGAGCGGGCGUCAACGAGGCACCGAUGUUUGAGUGCAUCAGCAUGCUGUCCCUUGCAGUGGGACAGGCACUCAGCAAGUACAUGGAGGCUCUUCUAGAUCCCAUCUUCGCCUGUGGACUCAGCAAGUCUUUAACACAGGCGCUCGUUGAUAUGGCUCAUUACAUCCCACCCAUCAAACCCAUGAUUCAAGAAAGGCUCCUCGACAUGCUGAGUAUCAUCCUUUGCGGAACACCAUUUAGGCCCCUUGGUUGCCCUGAAAACCGACUUCCUCCCAUGCCGUCUUUCGCAAAAGACUUUGCACCACACGAGCUCCAUGCUGAUUCCGAUAUUGCAUUGGCACUUCAUACAUUAGGAAGCUUUGACUUCUCCGGGCACAUAUUAAACGAAUUCGUCCGUGAUGUUGCCAUCAACUACGUGGAAAAUGAUAAUCCCGAGAUUCGAAAGGCCUCGGCCUUGACGUGUUGUCAACUAUUCGUUCACGACCCGAUCAUCAACCAGACCAGUGGACAUUCUAUCCAGGUUGUGAGUGAGGUGAUCGACAAGCUGUUGACUGUGGGUGUCGGAGACCCAGACGCAGAAAUUCGACGCACUGUUUUGUGGUCUUUGGACCGCAAAUUUGACCGUCACUUGGCAAGGCCAGAGAAUAUCCGAUGCUUGUUCCUGGCAGUCAAUGAUGAGGUGUUUGAGGUCAAAGAAGCUGCUAUCUGUAUCAUUGGUCGGCUCUCCAGCGUCAACCCUGCUUAUGUCUUCCCACCGCUUCGAAAGUUGCUGGUCAAUCUUCUUACAGGUCUCGGGUUUGCAACCACAGCCAGACAAAAAGAAGAGACUGCUCUGCUCAUCAGCUUGUUUGUUUCAAAUGCGACCAAAUUGAUCAGGUCCUAUGUGGAUCCCAUGGUGACUGCAUUGAUGCCAAAAGCAACAGAUACUAACCCCGGCGUCGCUGCCACCACCUUGAAGGCCGUUGGUGAGCUUGCCAAUGUAGGUGGCAGUGAGAUGAGAGGGUACCUUUCGCAGAUCAUGCCCAUCAUUCUAGACGCCCUACAAGAUCUUUCGUCGCAUACCAAGCGUGAAGCUGCACUUCGGACGCUGGGUCAAUUGGCCAGCAACUCGGGUUACGUCAUUGAACCCUACCUCGAAUAUCCUCAUCUUCUGGCUGUGCUGAUCAACAUCAUCAAAACGGAAAUGACAGGCUCUCUACGGAAGGAGACCAUCAAGCUUCUCGGUGUCCUCGGUGCCCUUGACCCAUACAAGUACCAGCAGAUCAGCGAACUUGAGCCCGACGUACACCACAUCAACGAGAUUAAGAAUGUCUCUGAAGUUGCUUUGAUUAUGCAGGGUCUUACUCCAUCCAAUGAGGAGUACUAUCCCACUGUGGUCAUUCACACUCUGAUGCAGAACAUUCUGCGCGAGAAUUCUCUGGCUCAAUAUCACUCGGCUGUUAUUGAUGCAAUUGUCACAAUCUUCAAGACUCUGGGAUUGAAAUGUGUACCAUUCCUUGGACAAAUCAUUCCAGGGUUUAUCUUGGUGAUCAGAAGUUCUCCUUCUAGUCGCCUCGAAUCAUAUUUCAAUCAGAUGGCAAUCUUAGUCAACAUCGUGCGGCAGCACAUUCGUGCUUUCCUGCCAGAAAUCAUUGAAGUCAUCAGGGAGUUCUGGGAUUCUUCAUAUCAGAUUCAAGGCACGAUUUUAUCGUUGGUUGAGGCCAUUGCCCGGUCACUAGAGGGUGAAUUCAGGAAGUAUCUUGCUGGCCUGAUUCCUCUAAUGCUAGACACACUUGAGAAGGACUCAACGCCUCGUCACCAGCCAUCUGAAAAGAUUCUUCAUACUCUUUUGAUCUUCGGUUCAAGCGGAGAAGAGUACAUGCAUCUCAUCAUUCCAUCUAUCGUGCGUCUAUUUGAUCGACCGCAGAAUCCAACAAGCAUUCGGAAGUCAGCCAUCGAUAGCUUAACGAAGCUUUCGCGGCAAGUCAAUGUUUCCGAUUUUGCCUCCCUCAUGAUCCACUCUUUGUCAAGGGUUGUGGCCAGUGGUGACCGCGUACUGCGUCAGGCUGCCCUAGACUGCAUUUGUGCUCUUAUUUUCCAGCUCGGUCAGGACUUUACACACUACAUCCACCUUCUCAACAAGGUCCUGAAGACCCAUCAAAUCACACACAUUAACUACCAGAUCCUGGUAACGAAGCUUCAAAAGGGCGAUCCCCUCCCACAGGAUCUCAACCCUGAAGAAGUCUAUGCUUUCCCAGCUGACGACACCAACUUCGCGGAGAUCGGGCAAAAGAAGAUCGUUGUGAACCAGCAACAUCUCAAGAACGCGUGGGAUGCUUCGCAAAAGUCCACGCGCGAGGACUGGCAAGAAUGGAUACGCCGCUUCAGUGUCGAGCUUCUGAAGGAAUCUCCUUCUCCAGCGCUGCGUGCAUGUGCUAGUUUGGCCGGUAUCUAUCAGCCGCUAGCUAGAGACUUGUUCAAUGCUGCUUUUGUGUCAUGCUGGACCGAGUUGUACGAUCAAUAUCAGGAAGAGCUUGUCCGCUCCAUUGAGAAAGCGCUCACUUCUCCAAAUAUUUCCCCGGAGAUUUUGCAAAUUCUCCUAAAUCUGGCUGAAUUCAUGGAGCACGAUGACAAGGCUCUUCCAAUUGAUAUUCGCACCCUUGGAAAGUACGCCGCGAAAUGCCAUGCCUUUGCCAAGGCUCUUCACUAUAAGGAACUCGAGUUUGAGCAAGAUCAGAACUCUGGUGCUGUGGAAGCCCUGAUUACCAUCAACAAUCAGCUCCAGCAAUCAGAUGCUGCCAUCGGUAUUCUCCGCAAAGCACAGGCGUACCGUGAUGUGGAGCUCAAGGAAACAUGGUUCGAAAAGCUUCAACGGUGGGACGAAGCUCUUGCUGCUUACAAGCGUCGUGAAAAAACAGACCCAGACUCCUUCGGCAUUACGAUGGGUAAAAUGCGUUGUCUCCACGCUCUUGGAGAAUGGAAGGUUCUCUCGGACCUUGCACAGGAGAAAUGGAACCAGGCAUCAAUAGAGCAUCGCAGAGCCAUUGCUCCUCUUGCCGCUGCUGCUGCCUGGGGCCGAGGCCAGUGGGAGUUGAUGGACUCCUACCUCGGUGUGAUGAAGGAGCAGUCCCCGGACCGUUCAUUCUUCGGUGCUAUCCUGGCUAUUCACCGCAACCAAUUCGAGGAGGCGAAUAUGUACAUUGAGAAAGCACGCAACGGCCUCGAUACUGAAUUGUCUGCUCUUCUUGGAGAGUCAUACAAUCGUGCUUACAACGUUGUCGUCCGUGUUCAGAUGUUGGCUGAAUUGGAGGAGAUCAUCACAUACAAGCAGAAUGUCGGUGACCCAGAAAAACAAGAAGCCAUGCGCGCAACGUGGAAUCAACGAUUGCUUGGAUGUCAGCAAAACGUGGAAGUGUGGCAGCGUAUGCUGAAGGUCAGGGCUCUUGUCACAGCUCCGCGCGAGAACCUUGAUAUGAGCAUCAAGUUUGCCAAUCUUUGUCGCAAAUCCAACCGCAUGGGACUUGCAGAACGAUCGUUAGCAUCGCUCGAGACGAUAGUGGCCGAUAGCAAUGGUGUGCGCACCAUCAUUCCUCCAGAAGUCACAUAUGCUAGACUGAAAUUCAGCUGGGCAAACGGACACCAACAAGAUUCUCUCGAUAUGCUGAAGGAGUUCACCAGUGCAUUGACCGAUGAUUUCCAGAAAUUCAACACUCUCAUGGUGUCGCAGGGCGAUCACCAUGGAAUGAACGGGGUCAAUGGAGCUGCUGAUCCGAACCACCCAGAUCUUAUCAGCCUGCGUGAACGGAUUGGAGAUGCCAACAAAUUCCGAAAGCUCCUUUCAAAGAGUUAUCUCAGACAGGGAGAAUGGCAGACAGCUCUCCAGAGAGGUGAUUGGAGGCCAGAGCACGUUCGCGAGGUUCUCAACGCCUACUCUGCGGCCACCCAAUACAAUCGUGAUUCGUACAAGGCAUGGCACUCGUGGGCCCUCGCCAACUUCGAAGUCGUCACAACCAUCGCCAGCCAAGCCAGCCGUGACGGUGCACCAGCGCCAGUUCCUGCCCAUAUUGUUACAGAGCAUGUCAUCCCUGCUAUUCGAGGUUUCCUGCGGUCCAUCGCUCUGUCCUUGACAUCUUCGUUGCAAGACACUUUGAGACUGCUUACACUUUGGUUCAGUCAUGGUGGUGAUCAUGAAGUCAACACCGUCGUCACGGAAGGCUUCACGGUUGUGAACAUUGAUACCUGGCUAUCUGUGACUCCUCAGUUGAUCGCUCGAAUCAACCAACCUAACAUCAGGGUCCGGAGUGCGGUCCACAGGCUGCUUGCUGAGGUGGGCAAGACGCAUCCUCAGGCCUUGGUGUAUCCACUCACGGUGGCAAUGAAAUCUAACGUGACCCGACGCUCUCAAUCCGCCAGCAACAUUAUGGAAAGUAUGCGGCAACAUAGCGCCAAACUUGUCGAGCAAGCGGAUCUCGUGAGUCACGAGUUGAUUCGUGUGGCAGUCCUGUGGCACGAACUCUGGCACGAGGGUCUGGAAGAGGCUUCUCGUCUCUACUUCGGUGAUCACAACGUCGAAGGCAUGUUCGCGACACUUGCUCCUCUGCACGACAUGCUAGACAAGGGUGCUGAAACCCUGCGCGAGGUAUCAUUUGCGCAGGCCUUCGGGCGUGAUCUGGCUGAGGCGAAGCACUACUGCAUGCUUUACCGUGAAUCGGAAGAAAUUGGCGAUUUGAACCAAGCUUGGGACUUGUACUACACGGUGUUCCGCAAGAUCAACCGACAGCUCCCACAACUAUCGACUCUUGAUCUCAAAUAUGUGUCUCCUCGACUGAAGGAUUGCUCGGACCUUGACCUUGCUGUGCCGGGAACAUACCAGAGCGGAAAACCAAUCAUUCGAAUCAUCAGCUUCGAUCCUAUCUUGCAUGUCUUGCAGACAAAGAAGCGGCCGCGUCGUAUGACACUCAAGGGCAGCAACGGAAGUUCUUACAUGUACGCUCUCAAGGGACACGAGGAUAUCCGACAAGAUGAGCGAGUCAUGCAGCUCUUCGGUCUGUGCAAUACUCUGCUCGAUAACGACAGCGAGAGUUUCAAGCGACACCUCUCAGUCCAGCGCUUCCCGGCCAUCCCGCUGUCACAGAGCUCCGGUCUGUUGGGUUGGGUUUGCAACAGUGAUACAUUACACGCUUUGAUCAAGGAGUAUCGUGAAAGUCGCCGUAUUCUCCUCAACAUCGAGCACCGCAUCAUGCUACAAAUGGCACCUGACUACGACAGCCUCACUCUCAUGCAGAAGGUUGAGGUCUUUGGCUACGCUAUGGAUAACACCACCGGCAAAGAUCUCUAUCGGGUGCUAUGGCUCAAGAGUAAAAGUUCAGAAGCAUGGCUCGAGCGGCGUACCAACUACACCCGGUCCCUCGGUGUCAUGUCCAUGGUUGGCUAUAUUCUUGGUCUUGGCGACCGGCAUCCGUCGAAUUUGCUGCUUGAUCGUGGCAAUGGUCGGGUCGUUCACAUUGAUUUCGGUGACUGCUUCGAAAUCGCAAUGCAUCGCGAGAAGUACCCAGAGCGAGUGCCCUUCCGACUCACUCGUAUGUUGACAUUUGCCAUGGAAGUCAGCAACAUUGAAGGAAGCUACCGCAUUACUUGCGAGGCUGUCAUGCGCGUCCUACGGGACAACAAGGAUUCACUGAUGGCAGUCUUGGAAGCCUUCAUUCACGAUCCACUGAUCAACUGGCGUCUGGGUGCCCAAGAGUCUCCCGACCGCGUAUCCCUAACGGCAGAACGCCGCCAAUCCAUCAUUGAGGGGGUCAACUUUGAGCAUGGCGUCCAACCAGGCAAUUUCUCCCGUCGCCGCGGGUCCAUUCUCGAAGGCGGUAUCCUCGAUGGCCAAGAAAACGUUCCCCAGGAAGCCCGCGAGGCACAGAAUGCCCGCGCUCUCCAGGUGCUUGCUCGUGUCAAGGAGAAGCUUACUGGGCGGGAUUUCAAGCCCAGUGACGAGCUGAGUGUCAGCGACCAGGUUGACAAGCUCCUUGCGCAGGCAACCAAUGUCGAGAACAUCUGUCAGCACUGGAUCGGAUGGUGUAGUUUCUGGUAG